UAAAGAAAAUGGCAGAUUUGGCGGAAACUGUAGGAAAUGGGAGUACGUUCUCCAAACUCUGGUGUGCAGGAAUAACAACCAUCAUACUCAUUUGGGCUUUGUUGCGGACUCGGAAGCAGCGAUCGAGAUUUAGAGGGGCUAGAGUGUGGCCCGUUCUGGGCGUGCUUCCCUCGUUGCUUUUUCACUUGGGCCACCUAUACGACUGGCUUACGCAUCUGUUUAUCGUAAACGGCGGAACAUUCAGGUUUCCGGGCCCUUGGAAAUGCCGGAUUUUUACUGCCGAUCCUGCAAACAUAGAAUACCUGCUGAAAACCAGGUACCACAAUUUCGGCAAAGGGGAGGAUUACAAGGACAUGUUUCGCGACAUGUUUGGCGAAUCCGUUGUGGUGGAUGAUGGGGAGUCUUUCAAGAAGCGCAGUGUGUCUGUCGGCAAGGCGCUCUCCUCGCCCGCCUUCCGCAACUUUGCGGCCGCCGCCAUGCCGGCCGUGAUGCAGCAAAAUCUCGUUCCCGUCUUCACAGAGGCCUGUGAGAAAGGCGCCGUCAUCGACCUGCAAAACGUGUUCCACCGGCUGGCUUGUUAUAACUUGUGUCUUUUCGGCGGAGGUGUGGAACUUGAGUGCCUGAGCCCGGGCCUGACAAGAGUUGCCUUCAUAGAGGCCUUCGAUGAGGCUUUACAGUCCAUUAUGACUCGCCUCCUCAUGCCCCCUUUUUGUUGGAAAACUUUGAGGUUCUUUAACGUUUUGUUUGAGCGCCAGCUUGUUAGGGCCACAGAGUUCGUCUACGACUUUGUUGUUCAUGAAUUGCAUUCUCGCUGGCGCGCUAAACAGGACGGCUCUUCAUGGGCCAACAUCGCAUCGGCCUUUCUUCAGUACGAGGGGGAAAACGGGCGGUUUUAUUCGGAUAGAAGAGUACACGAGUUAUUCGUGAACCUCAUUUUCGCGGGCAAGGACACGGUUACGGCGGGGCUCACAUGGUUAUUCUGGCUAGUGGCGACGCAUCCCCGUGUCGAAGGGGAAAUUUUAGCAGAGAUUCGAGAGAUCGUGAAGCAGAGGAAGAGUUCGGACGAUCAGGAUCCGUUUUGUUUUAGCUUCGAAGAAGUAAAACGGAUGGAUUACCUGCAUGCAGCAGUGACGGAGUCUCUCCGGCUGUACCCGCCUGUUCCCAUUGAGCUCACGGCUUGCGAGGAAGACGAUGUUCUGCCCGACGGCACGCCCGUGGAGAAGGGCGCGCUGGUUUUGUACUCGAUUUACUCGUCCGGCAGGUUGGAGAGCGUUUGGGGUGAGGAUUGCAUGGAAUUCAAGCCGGAAAGGUGGAUGAAGAAUGGUAGGUUUGUGAGGGAAUCGGAAUUCAAGUUUGCGGCUUUCAAUGGAGGACCUCGGCGCUGCACAGGCAGAGAGUUUGCGUACUGGCAGAUGAAGUGGGCUGCGGCUUCCAUUCUGGUUCGUUAUGGGGUACAGAUUGUUGAUAAGCAUCCCGUGGUUCCUAAAUACGGACUCGCGCUUUUUAUGAAGUAUGGUUUGCUUGCAACAAUUCAUCCGAGAGAAAUGACGAAUGGGGAGAUUAGCAAAUAAUCUUUCAAGUUAUCAAAAUAUCUCACUGAAACUGUUCAUGAUGGCAGUAGCAGAAUGCCGAGCCCAAAUGAUGGUGUAUGCACGGAAGAUUCGCUAUUUCGUAUUGUUGCCAGGAGGCCUUCAUUAAAACUCAUUAAUGUAUUUUUAUGUCUUGUUAUCAUCCAAAA